CUCUACGCUGCUGUGCAUACUCGGCCUGACAUCAGCUUUGCUGUGGGACAGCUGGCUCGAGUAGUGCAAAAUCCAACAGAAGAGCAGUGUGGUGCAGCGAAGAGAGUGGUGCGCUACCUCAAGUCAUACCCUACAGUGGGAGUACAUUGGUGGAUACAUCUGCAUGGUGGGAGGUGGGCCUGUAAGUUGGAGGUCCAAGAAGCAGUCUGAGACGGCACUAUCGUCAGUGGAAUCUGAAUGUGCUUGGAUUCCGUAGCAGCAGCAGCAGAAGCAGCAGCAGCACCAGAAGGAGCAGCAGACUCAGCAGCAGCAGCAGCAGCAGCAGUAGCAACAGCAGCAGCAGCAGCAGCAGUAGCAACAGCAGCAGCAGCAGCAGCUGAAGGAGCAGCAGCAGCAGCAGCAGCAACAGCGGCAGCAGCAGCAGUGGCAGCAGCAGCAGCGGCAGCAGCAGCAACAGCAACAGCAGCAGCAGCAGCAGCAGAAGGAGCAGCAGCAGCAGCAGCAGCAACAGCAGCAGAGCAGCAGCAAUAGCAGCAGCAGCAGGUGCAGCAGCAG